ACCGACCUCCAGCCCGGCCACCAACGCCGCAACUCGUGCUACCCAGCAUGCUGCGGCCUAUCGUGCAUCUCGAGGCGCGCCUGCAGCCGACGUCGACGAUGCGCAGCGACGCCGUGCGCGAGGCCCUGCGCGCGCACCUCGAUGCCAACGUCGCCAGCCUUGAGUGCGAGAGCCGCCUCGACGACGGCUGGCAGGACGUGCCGCUGCUGCGGCAGCAUGUCGCGGGCGUGCGAGUGGGCGAGUGCACUACACCAUCAUCGAUCGUAUCCCUUGCCCAGACGGACGUGCAAAUACACAUCUAUCAGACCGCGCCGGACUCGUCGGUGGAGGAGUUCUCGGCGGGUCUGGGUGACGAGGAGGGCGAGGAGCAGGUCGUUGCUGCGAGCGUGCUGGAGCUGCCGAGCGAAAGUGUGGAGGGCGUGUGGGAGAGCUUAAUCUACGGCGACGACAUCAAGCUGCGGUUGCUGAACUACAUUGCGACGACCCUGCGCUUCUCGGACGCGAAUGUGGACCUAAACGUCGUCGCGUGGAACAGACUGGUGCUGCUGCACGGGCCGCCGGGCACCGGCAAGACGACGCUGUGCCGAGCCCUGGCGCAGAAGCUGGCGAUCCGGCUGUCGGAGCGGUAUACACACGGCAAGCUCGUCGAGAUCAACUCGCACUCGCUGUUCUCAAAGUGGUUCUCGGAGAGCGGCAAGCUCGUGCAGCGGCUGUUCAGCAUGGUCACCGAGAUGGUGGACGAUGAGGACGGCUUCGUGGUCAUUCUGAUCGACGAGGUGGAGAGUCUGACGGCGUCACGAAGCGCCUCGAUGGGCGGCUCGGAGCCAUCAGACGCGCUGCGCGUCGUCAAUGCGCUGCUCACGCAGCUUGACAAGCUCAAGCACCGCAAGAACGUGCUGGUGCUCACAACGAGCAACAUCAGCGAGGCCAUCGACAACGCGUUCAUUGACCGGGCGGACAUCAAGGCAUACGUCGGCUUGCCGCCGCCGCAGGCCGUCUACUGGAUCCUGGCAUCAUGUCUGUCUGAGCUGAUGCGCGUCCGCCUCGUCGAGCCACUUGAGAUGCUCGACUGGCGCUCUGCGGCAUCGCUGCGGCAAGAAGGCGCGAACGUGCAGAGCGAUGGCACGGCACUGUCGGCCAGCCGCUCGGCCAGUCUCAAGCUCUGGGAUCUGUCUGUGCUGUGCGAGGGCACUUCGGGCCGGACACUGCGGCGACUGCCCAUCCUGGCGCACUCAAGGUACCUCGGCGGCAGCGGCGUGACGAGCUGCGAUGCAUGGCUCGAUGCAAUGCACCGGGCCGUCACUGACUCACACGGCGAGAUGGCGCGCACGGCCAAGGGCAGCGCCAAUUAGCGUCGCGGGCUCACCGCCUGGACGCUUCAUUGUACCACCACCCACCAGCAAGUUGAGCACAGCUCUUGCGACGCCGUAAUGUAUUGAUGAGGGU